AUGUUGGGUGUCUUGGGGGUCGUGAAGGGUGUCUUUGGGUCCUCUGAUGAAGAAGCUGUUAACCAAGCAGCUGAUGAAGAAGCUGUCAACCAAGCAGCUGAUGAAGAAGCUGUUAACCAAGCAGCUGAUGAAGAAGCUGUCAACCAAGCAGCUGGUGAAGCUGUUAACCAAGCAGCUGAUGAAGAAGCUGUCAACCAAGCAGCUGAUGAAGAAGCUGUUAACCAAGCAGCUGGUGAAGAAGCUGUUAACCAAGCAGCUGAUGAAGAAGCUGUUAACCAAGCAGCUGGUGAAGAAGCUGUUAACCAAGCAGCUGGUGAAGAAGCUGUUAACCAAGCAGCUGGUGAAGAAGCUGUUAACCAUGCAGCUGGUGAAGAAGCUGUUAACCAAGCAGCUGGUGAAGAAGUUGUUAUAUAA